AUGGCCACGACAGGCGUGUCUCUCACGCCUGCACCGGCCUCGGCCCCUUCGCUGGCCAUGGCCCCUGCCUUAGCUGCCAGACCCUCCGUGGCACCGUCACCUGGUCCCGGUACGCCCGGCUCCAUCACAUCGAAAGAAUGGGUGAUCCCCCCACGACCGAAGCCUGGUCGCAAACCAGCCACCGACACGCCACCCACCAAGCGCAAGGCUCAGAACAGAGCUGCUCAGCGGGCAUUCCGCGAGCGUCGGGCUGCUCGAGUCCAGGAGUUGGAAGAAUUGAUGAAAGACAUGGAAGAUAACCAUGACAAUCGAUCUUCGACGUUCGCCGAGCAGAUCAGCAAUCUUUCGCGGGAAGUCGACCAGUGCCGCGAGGAGAUGGCUUGGUGGCGUGACCGAUGCCACACUCUUGAGAAGGAAGUAGCUAUUGAACGCAGUGCCAAAGAAGCUCUUGUCAAGGAAUUCCGAGCUUCCAUGUCCAGUUCCAAUACCAAGUCCCCGAUGCCGGACUCGGUUCCUCUACCGCCUCGUACUCGCCCUUCUACUCGCAGCACCCGGAUGGAAGGUGUUGUUGCUACUACCCGUGUCGAGCGUAACCGGGAGCCAGAACCCGACAACGUGCCCUUGGGUUGCGGCGAUUGCUCUUCUGCGCACUGCCAGUGCAUCGAAGAUGCCUUCGGUAUGCCCAUUGAUACUCACGAGUCUCGAGGUAGAUAUCCUCCCCACGGGGUUGGAAGUCCCGAACGCGAAGUCUCGGAGCCGGAAAUCAAGCCGGAUCCCGAGGAGAUGGAGAUUGAUUUCACCGCUCGAUUCUCUGGUGUUCCUGUCCAGCCGGUUUCUCACCACCAUCACAACAACAACGUUUCAUCACCCCCAGUCGACCCCUGUGGCUUCUGCCAAGAUGGUACUCCCUGCAUCUGUGCUGAGAUGGCUGCCCAAGAGGAGGAGCGUGCCCGCCGCAACUCUUUCGACAACCCUCGUCUUGCUCCCAUCCAGUCUAUCUCCCAGUUCACCCCACCCCCUUCCGACGGUGAUGUGACUCUCCCGCCUAUCAGCCAAGCCACCAACCCAUGUGCGAACGGACCCGGUACUUGCGCCCAGUGUCUUGCCGAUCCUCGAAGCACCCUUUUUUGCAAGACGCUGGCAGCCUCCCGGUCAGCGAGCGGAACUCCAGCGGGGGGAGGCUGCUGCGGUGGCAAGGGAGCCGACGGAGGAUGCUGCAUGUCAAGAAAUGCCCCCACCGCCCCGACCACGCGUAACAACCCCCCCAUGCCUGCGCAACCUGUUGCAGCCAAACCCUCUACACCCAACGCGCUCACCUUGAGCUGUGCCGAUGCCUUCACCACUCUGUCCCGCCACCCCAAUUUCUCCCGAGCCAGCGAUGAGAUCUCCACCUGGUUGCCUAAGCUUCACACCCUCCCGAACCCUCGUGACCAGGCUGCUGCUUUCGCCGCACAAGCCAACGGUGACCGAGGCGCCUUGGAGGUUGAGGCUGCUAGCGUGAUGGGCGUACUCCGCUACUUUGACAGGCGAUUUGCCUCGAAAUAA